AUACUUCGCCACAUCCACCUCGAAAUGGUCACCCGUACCGGUCACCCCCCUCUGCGCCCCCAAAACACGCGUCCACGAGGCUCGUCCGACUCCCUCUCCCCCAACCCCUUUGACUUAAUUCCCCAUCGAGAACGCUGUCUUCCGUCCGCAAAGAUAAACUCGCGAAGGUAUGCACGUUUCAAUUCCGGCGUGCAUUAAAGAUCGAUAUUCCGGUUCGUGAACGGGAGCAGAUUCUUCCCCGGCAGUGUAAACAUACCCUCGAUACGUCUGUACACCGUAGCGACACGAAGACAUCCACCACCAAGGGGUUUUGGAGGGGUUGGAAGCCGAACCGCGGGAGGAAGAGAAAGACAUUCUCUUUUGCCUAUAUCUGUUUUCCACGUUUUUUUCAUUUCUCCCUCUCACCCCACCAGCCACCCCCGUCCCGAAAGGGUGGCAGGGGCACGGUUGUAGUCCUCUCUCGGCCCUCUCCCCCAACGUUUCUCUCCCCCCCAUUUUCAGUGCCGCCCUCUUCCUCUCCGUCUCGUUCUUUUUUCCCCACCCCCCUCGUGGUGGCACGUCGUCCUUGUCCCAACGAUCGCCGCGUCCCCUUCUUUCCCAUCGUUGCCUCGAAAUGUGGCAUUCAACAGGGCUUCCACGGUGCUUGCGGUGGCGCGGAAUCCGCGCCGGUUUGCCGCGACGCGCGGGGGGGUGCAUCGGGGAAAUGAUGCGCAGAUUGGCCGGAUCAUCUCAAAAACCACCACCCUCUGGCUCCUAGCCCUCCUCCUGCUCUACCCCCGAUGUGCUCGGUCCCCUCUGAUUCUCCGGCUCGUUUUGCCCCGUCUCUGUCGUUCCAUUCGCACUCUCGGUGCACGUCGACGGUCGCUAGGGAUGGAAUACAACCCCCACUUUCGCCACCGCCACCGAACAACCACCCCUGCCACCGCUACGGCUGCCACGGUGCACGACGACGAGUGACUGAGUCCUCCGAUUAUUAUCUCAUUUGCUGGCACGAGCAGCACGCAACCGCUGCCGUCGCCUACCCAGUAUCCGUAGAUCGCCGCCUCUGGAUCACCGUCGACGAGACACCGCGGAAACCUGGGAACAACCUGUCGCCGCGUGUCCAGUUUAGAGGCCACGAAACCGAUCAACAUGACGACAACCACAGGCGAUCCGUCGACCCUGAAGAGUCCAGCCUCCCUGUCCGGCGGCGACUUGGUCUCCCGUCUGUUGGCAGCGACCCCUCCGUACCUCUACAAUGUUCCAUUGACGCCUCACAGCUUCUUCUUCAGCGAGAUGUUGCGCUCGUUCGUCCAAGCAAAGACGGAGGCAUCGUCGACGGGAACAACAGCGAGCGCGCCGAGACGUCGGAAGAGGUCUUGGAGGGACGCGAGGGAUCGCCCUUUGGAACUGACCACGAAGGAGAGACACCAUCAUCACCAUCACCAUCACCAUCAGCAACAGGAGAAGUACUUUCACGGUCAGCAACAGCAGCAGCAGCAACAGCACCAGCAGCAAACGGAAGCCAGGUUGGAGAACAGGGGCAAGCAGAGCGACGGUUACGAGACAGAGAGCAAAGUAGGAAACUUCGAGCAGAAACCGAACUUCGGUGGCGAUAUACUGAAGCCAGUCGACGAGAACAAGGCAGACUUCAGCAAACAGAGCAGGAGUUACUUCGACGAGCGACCGCGUCACUUCGAGCAAGCCCAACCCCCCGAGAACAUCUUUCCCAGCGAGUUGCCGAAGGUGAAACCCGAAGAGACUCACACCGCGGAUCGCAAGAACUGCAGUUAUAGCGAGCGAAGCACCUACGACGAGCGCACGAAGAGCACGCUCGGCGGCCAGGAGCUGCCUCUGUUGCCGGACCAAAAGAAGCUCGACUUCUCCAGGAAUUUUCUCCCCGGACUCACCGGGAGGGGUUGCGACAUGCUGCAGGGCGUUAAGGGAUUCGGUUUACCUGGGAACGUGACGAACCCUGAUUUCCUCCCCAGCCCUCUCUGGUACCCGCCUUAUCCGAUGCCUCAAUCCUAUCCAGGCAUCGACCCGCUGCACUUCUUCAUCGACCUACGCGUGUCGGGGCACAUCUGGGAUAGGAAGCUCAGCGAGAGGCAGCUACCGUUCAAAGGCAAGCACUGUUCGGCGUUCAGCGUGCCGCAAUCGAAGGAAUACAACAGUAACAGGCCGUUGAAUCUGACUAGGGACGAAGCGAGCACCUCGAGGACCACGGAGGAGAACUCGCACGGUACCAAUCACAUCCUCAGACACCUGACCAGGACGUACAGGAACAUAAGCCAAGCACAGAACGUCUCGAGAAGCGAAACGUCCACGACGGAGAGCGAGGAGAGUCCGAAGGAUGGUGAUAACAACGAAAGAUUCCCGAAAACGGAGAACACCGCCGCCACGUCGUCGAGUCAGGAAGAAGGGAAGAAGGAUCUGCGAGCGUUGAUUGGCCUCGAGCUGGUCGUCGACUACGUGAAAGAGCCCAAGGGGGAUCCCGCGAGCGAGCAGGCUUCGCAAGUAACCGAAUAACUCGCGAAAAUCGAACGAAUAUCUUCCGAUCUCGUCUGCACGAAUAGGUAUAGACUCAGACAUCACUCGACUACGUCGUUCACGGUAAUAUAGGAAGCUCUGAACGUUAUCGUCGUCAAAACGAUCGAAUCCUCUCGAUUGAUACUAAACGAGGCUUCGUCGGGCCUCGAAUAUCUGAUUGGAUCUACCAUUCUGUUUUCUAAUAUACGUCAUCGACACGAAUGAUAAUAACCGAAAUGAAUUGCACGCGUUUGCUUUCUCCACAGGUGUUCUUUCUACUUUCCAGUUUAUGUUCAACGUGCUGACGCACUUUGAUGCAUUUUGAUAUUUGGUGAUAACUAGACCGCGGAUCUCGAUGCGUUUAUAGAAAAUUUGAAUGUGCAAGAAGCUACUAAAUGCAAACAAUAUACAAGAAUAUAAAAAUGAUCGAAAGUAAAGUUUAUGUUACAAUAUUUGCAGAAUAAAAUAAAUUCCUAUUUAGGCACGUUCGCGAAAAUUUUAUUUUUCAUAAAGAUCCGCAGUCCAGUGAUAACGAAUAAUUGUUUUCGAUGGAAAAUUGUACGCGGAAAGUCAUGUAUAUGGCCACGUUGAAGCUCGAUUCGUUAUUUUUAAAAAAUUCGUAGAAGUUCUUUUAAAAGUAUUAGGUUGUCCGAAAAGUUUCUUUCGUCAGUUGCAUUCAAUUAUUUUCUGUGGCAGUGUUUAUAUAAAUAGACAAUCUAAUUUCUUAGACAUUGAUGCUGUAACAGUAAUGGAGCGAAAUGAAUUGUGCACAAUUUUGUAAUGUAACAUAAAACACGAAAUAUUGUGUAUGAAUUAAUUAUUAAUAAAACGAAAGAAACUUUUCGGACAACCUAAUACAUCUCAUAGUCAGCGACGAUGUUUUGAACGUAACCAGUUCUAAUCUGACCGAUUUCUCGAGGAUCCUUUUCGAGCCACGAUUAACCAGCACGGAACUAACCUUUUGAUAUCGCAGCAUGGCACUUUCGAGACACCGAGUCUUUGGUUCGGCAAUCUUUGCGACUCUAACUUUUCACCAUUCUCUAACAGACUUUUUCCUAUCGUUACAUUCGAGACUCGAUUUAAAGAGUCACCUCUUAGGAAGGAGACGGGAGAUCUUAGAGAUUCUCUUCUGGGGGCAGAGAGGCUCCUCUCCGAAUUCGACUGUAUGUGAUAUGCGCUGUACAUAUUAUAGUAGCGUUCUAUUGUAUCUAUAUGUACUAAUAGAAAGUAUUCGACGUGUAUAUUAAACGUAAUAAAAGUAAUGCGACUCAA